AUGGCUUCACAGCAGCCGCAGCAGCCUCAACAUGCCUAUGCUGCAGCUCAUGUCGCCGAAAAGGUGAUGCGGAGGGUGGAAAUUGCAAAGGUUGCUCGGAAUCUGCAAGAUUGCCUGGCCUUUGCAAGCUUCAAGGCCCAGAAUGGCUGGCAGGAUCGAACUCUCUCCACCAUCGAGCCUGAAUUCACUGAGAAGCUGAAGAGGAAGAGACCGUUUCUCGAAGAUGACCUGCCCUCUGACGGAUCCUCCCUCUCGGACGACGAUCUCGUGCCCAUGCCUUCCAUUGCUGCCAAUCGCUUUUCGAGACCGUCAAACGGUGUCUUCAAGGUGCCUCAGCCUCCCUUUGGAGUGAGGAAGAGAGUGAGGUCAUCGUCGACCACCGGCGUCGAUAGGCAAUCGAACAGCAUGAGCUGGAAGGAGGACCCACGCAUGGCACAGUCUUCACCUGUUCUAGGACGCACACAGUCCUUUCAAGAUCAGACAAUGUUCCAAAGCAACCCGCCGCUGCCCCAACCGUCCCACGACGACUCUCCUAUGUUUGAUGUUCAUUCUGACGACGAUGAUCAUGACCUUGCCAUGCCUUCCUUUGCAAACGAGCCUUCAAGCAGCAUUCUCUCCUCGUCUCCUCCUCGAACGCCUCCGCCUACUAAACGUCUCAUCAACGUGAACGCAAAACAAACUGGAGCUGACUUGCUUUUGUACUUGGCCAACUCCCCAUCUCGUUCACCUGCGAUCAAUCUUCACCGUGGUUCUAACGCCGGCGAGCCACCUUCCACUCCCCCCUCACAACACUCACACCUCCCCUCUUCAGUCAUGACGACUCCGGGGACCCAUUUGGGGCUGUUCAACGGUGCACUGCAAACUCCAGGCCAGGGCUUCAAUCUCGCUGACUUCUGCAAUGUUACUCCUUCACCGGCGCAGGCUCAAUGGGGUGGCCGAACCCCGGGCAUAGCAAAGACCCCUAGCCGAUUUGCCCGCAGAGGACUCAACUUUGACACGCUGGCUGCGUCUGAAAGUCCCUCGAUACAACAACGCAAGACGCCAACCAGUCAAGGUCUGGCAUUGCAGCUCGGUGACGAGCUCAUCCCUCGCUCCUGA